AUGGGUCCUGAUGCUAAUGACCAGAAGCUUCCCAAGAUUCCUGGACAGAUGUCAAUCGACAUGUUUUUGACGCGAGAGGAGGAGGAAUUCUUGAAAGUGGACGCACAAUUAACCACGGAGGCUCGUGAGGAACAUGGGAUCCUGAACAGUGAUGGCAUUGAGAUCAUGAAAGAGGAGCUGAAGAGAGACAGGGCGCAGACAUUGAGCCUUGUCGAGCCAUCGGGGAAACCAUGGGGGUCAGCAACGCUAGUUCCGCCAUCGACGUUCCCAACACUGUCCUCAACGGCAACGGCGCCGAGUGGUGCAAGCUCCAGCACCAGCGCCAGCGCUAGUAACUCAACAACAACGGGUACCCCGACAAGCAGUGCGCAGUUCCCCAGUUUGAGCGGGUAUUCGUCAUGUGCCAAUUGCACCAGCGUCGUCGAUGUGAAUUGCUUCUGCAUUAGCACAAAUUUCACACAGAGUCUUACGGGAUGUAUUGCACAAGGAUGUCCUGCAGAGCUUAGCAGCGCAGAAGCCCUUGCCCAACAGUUUUGCAACAUCGCCUCUUCAAAACCCUCGCUCUCUUUCUCUAUAACUUCGAUACCAUCUUCCUCUUCUUCGUCGUCUUCCACCGUGCCCGCCACCACCACCACACCCACAACUACUUCUUCAGUGCCGACCACGUCCACAUCCACAUCAACGUCAAGUGCGGCUACAGACGGCCUACGGUCUCUUUACGGCACCAUAAUGGCCGUGCUUGGCAUUGGCCUUGCGAUGCACGUCAUGGAGUGAUAAAGCGGCUACUGCGGAUACCACCCUCGACUGAGGAACCCUUCGACAUUGAUUGUAGCGGACUUUUCAAGCCGUAGAACAGUCUACAGGCAGGGAAGUCAUAUAAAUCUUGAUACCAUUCGCUCUUCUACCCCAUUUGCUGCUCAUCGUUACACACCCCAUUUGCUUCUCAUCGUUACACACUCCUUGUGGAUCCUAGAUAAUCAUUGCACAUAGUUACCCCUGGACUUGUAUGUACAAUCAUAUA